AUGCAUAAGCAAGGCAUAAGAAGAAAAUCAAGCUACUUUGAGAAAGCAUGAAGAAAAAGGAGAAUAUCAUGGCUCUGAACAAGGCCGUUGCAGUUUUCAGCAUUUGGUUUGCUUGCUCAAUGUUGUUAGCCAUUUCUGCUUCAGCAGCAGAUGCUCUUGUGCCUUGGUCAGGUCAUGUUCCUUCCCCCGCCCCAGCCACCCGCCCAAGUCUUGAGACUCCUUUAUCUGCACCUGCCCCUAAAACCUCUGCACCAAGUGCCAUUGCAUCUUUACAAAAAGUCAUGACUGGACCAAUUGGUGUUGCCCUUUCCUUCCUUGCCCUUAAAGAGGUGGCUGGAAAUCUAUCCCAUUUCCUUCCAAGUGUUUUCCAGAUGAUGACUUUGAAGUGUUAUUGUAUUUCUGUUUUUAGUAUUCAGUUCUGCAGUAUUGCAGUAUGGAUGCUACCUACCAUGUGUUUCUUUGUUAUCAACUUGUCAGCACCAGCAGAUACUUCCGCACCUUCUCCAGCUGGCCCUUCCCCAGCUCCUACCCCAAGCACUCAAACUCCUUCACCACCUGCAGGGCACACACCUGCACCGCCCACUAGCUCAGCAAGUCCCCUUGCAUCUUUCCCAGCAGUCAUGAGUGGACUAAUUGGUGUUGCUCUUUCUUUCUUUGUCCUUAAAGAGGUGGCUUGAGCUUUCCCAUUUCCCUCCUGUGUGCCAUCCAAAUAAUGUCUUUUAAAGUAUCAUUCUGCUCUUGUUUCUUGGCUCAAAAGAAAUUUCUGUUCCUUUGUUUUAGGUUCUGCUGUACUGUAGUAUCUGCGAAUGCUCCUCACCAUGGUUUUCUUUGUGUCAUGUAUAUCAUUUCAUAAUCCAACUUGAUUCAUGUAUUGUUUUACAUUUUAAUAAAUAAAUUCAAUUUUU